AUGUAUCACAGAAACAGUCUUCUUGCCGCUGCGGCUCUAAUCCCAGCUAUUCAGCUCUCCGCCGCUGAAACCAUUCUCGGUGCUUAUGUCUUCCACCGCCACGGGGACCGCACAUCAAAGAGCACCCCGCCAGCCUCGCUCACUGACUUGGGAUACCACGAAAUCCUGGGUUCGGGCACAAAUUAUCAUGAUCGAUACAUCGCUGCUGGAUCGCCUUACCAGAUCCUAGGCAUUCAGGAUGAAACUGUCAAAUUGUCCCAAUUGGCAGUCAGUUCACCCCUAGACAAUGUGCUCCAAAACUCCGCCGCAGGCUGGCUUCAGGGUCUAUACCCACCUGUUGGUAGCGCAUCAAAUCAGACUCUUCGCAAUGGGACCGUCGUCGAGGCCCCCUUCAACGGUUACCAGCUCAUCCCCGUCACUGUCCAGAGCUCCGGCAGCGGCAGUGAAGAUAACCCUUGGCUUCAGAGCUCUUCUUCAUGUAACAAUGCUCUGACCAGCAGUAACGAAUUCUUCUCUUCUGAUAUUUACUUAUCCUAUCUCAACUCCACUACGGACUUGUACAAGAGUGUGGCUCCUGUCGUGAAUGCCACAUUCAGCGACUCUCAGUUGAAUUUCAAGAAUGCAUACGUUAUCUGGGAUCUGCUUAAUGUCGCUUUGAUCCACAACUCGACCAGCGACAACCCUGCGCUGAGCAAUGUGAGCAACGAGACCAUGCACGAGCUUCUCGUUCUUGCAAAUAUUCACGAAUACAACCUUGCCUACAACGCAUCUAGUACUGCACGUGCUAUUGCCGGUGCCCAGCUCGCCGGUCAGGUGCUGUCGGCUCUCAAUAAGACCAUCAUGACCAACGCCGCGAAUCCCCGACUCAAUGUUCAAUUCGGUUCGUAUGGCACAUUCCAGUCCUACUUUGGACUUGCAGACUUGCCAACUGUUGAUCCCGUGUUUUACGGUAUUCCUGAUUAUGCUUCUAGCAUGGUCUGGGAACUUAUCACCAAUGCAACCGUUGAAAAUGGCGUGUUCCCAUCUACUUCAGAGAUUAGCGUGCGCUUCUUGUUCAACAACGGCACUUCAGCUACUACCACUGACCUAACUCCUUACCCACUCUUUGGCAGCUCAGAGGUUGAAAUCCCCUGGAACGACUUUGUUGCCAAUACGGAGAAAUUCGCCAUCAUGAACCAGCAGCAGUGGUGCCAAGUUUGUGGAAACACCACUGGAGUCUGUGCAAGUAGCUCAGCUUCUUCGCCUGGCUCUUCUGCUUCUGCGUCUGCCUCAGACAGUGGUUCCGGUAUGUCGAAUGCGGUUGCCGGUGUGAUUGGUGCCAUGGUUACACUUGGUGUUAUCCUGGGCCUUGAGGUUAUUGCCAUGCUGCUUGGUGGAUUGAGAUUGGUAAAGAAGAAGUCGUUGGCUGCUUCGGCUGGUGCUGCUGAGACUGCUUCUACUGAAAAUAUUUAUCCUUUUAUCGAUGCGGACUUGCAGUCAUAUGCUUCGUCGUAUAGGAAAAUACCAUGA